AUGCCACGUGAAUAUCUUAUUACGAUGUUGCUUCCUGUUAUCGGUCGUUUCGUUAAUGGUAGUCAAACUCGAACUAAUACCGGAACACCAACGAACAUUUCGUUUUUUACAACAAUCAUUGGAUAUCCAAGCGUAAAUAAAUCCAGUGCAACAGAAGCUGUUUUGAAUGCAUGUCUUGCUAUUGGAAAACAUCUAUGUUUAAAAAUUGAGGAGAGUCGAAUCAAUUGUAGUGCUACGGUUGAAUCACUCUUGACUGAAUUAAAGAAUACAUGGCCUACACUUAUUCAAAGUUGGAAUGAGGCAGUUACUCUCCUACAGUCAUUUGGUCUUUAUAAACAAAGUGGUGCUGCAUAUGAUCGAUCAAUCAUGUACACGUUGUACAACUUAUUUGCCAUUGUUAAACGACAAACUAAAUCAGGAAAUAUUACGGUAGAGAAUCCUGUACUCAAUAUUGCUGCAGUUGCACAUCCAGAUGAUGAUGGUCUGAUGGCUCGUUUUCUCUUUUCUGCUCCUCAACCAUGUAUACCUUUAUCUGAUGAAAUCAGAUCACUCAAUAUCGAUGAGCCGAGCCUUACUCAUCUACUAUAUAUUAUAUAUUGUAUUAAUUCAACCGAGUAAAAUGAUGGACGACGUAAUGAUGAUGAAGACCAACGAAUAAUAUAUUCAUAUUCCAAAGAUGCACAAAAGGUAUACUAGCUUUUAUUGAUAGCAGCUAUUUUAGUUUAGCCAUGAAGUUGACUUUCCAAGCACCAGAAAAAGAAUGAGAUAAUAAGUGAGCUGUUAAACAACUAUCUUAAAGCUUUAAAUAGUAUUAAAAAAUAAAUGAUGUUUUAUCAUAUAUGACAUUGUGUUCAGACAACAUUUUUUUUCUAUAGUUUGAGUUGCUCAUUCUAUUUUGUUUUAACAGGUCAUUAACAACGUUUUUGAUGAGUAUACUCUUCAAAUUCGAGAAGCAUAUGGAAUCGAUCAAGGCUUAGGAUCAAUUUUAGGUAAAGCACAAGUGCAAUUUACCAGAAUAGCUGGUGCAUUACAUGCCACCUCCUUGGCUGUCGCUGUUUUUGAUAAAUUAAUAAAUGAUGAUUCGUUAUCUGGUUAUUAUGAUAAGAGCAAGGCGAUAUUUGAUCUACUCAAACGAGCAGCUAGAUGUUUCAAAGAGACACACAAAUGGACG